AUGGCUUCGAACAAGGUUUUCAAAGAUGCUGAUCUGGUAGCCACGCUUGCCUGGCUCGACUUCUGUCGUCGGAAUGGGCUCGACUUCUGGGAAACAGUGCCGGCUCAUUUGACCGAAGCAAGGACGCAGCGCGAUGACGACGAGUGCAUGUUCACGAGUACGCAAGUCAAAAACAAAUUCGUCUCGAUCUUGCGACGGUCUUCAAAGGCAUACUCUUCUGAAGAAAUUUUGUCAAACGGCUCAACAUACUUUGAAGACUUCUUAUCCAACACCAUACGACAAGCCAUCCAGAAGGAGUUGGGUUGUUAUGAAGCCCUUCGUGCCCAAACACUACACCAACACUCGGGACAGCUUGGUAGAACUGGUCUUCCAAGGCGGGCUAAGACAAGAUCCGCAGGGGUUUGUUCCAAGAAUCUUACAAAUGCGGAUCUGUCUGGAGAUACCGUGCUCCCCCCCACUCUUACUGCCUCCGAACGACCAGCAAGGCCUGAGCACAUGUCGAUGACUCGUCCCAAUAUAUCAGCAGCUGCCUUGAACUUUUCCACGUUUCCCACGAGUCUAAGACCAGCCGAAAGUACCCUUGACCAAAGAUUUCGAGAAGAUAUCACACGAAGAGAUAUUGAGAUCAGUAACAUCCGCGAACAAUGGCAGCAGGAAGUGGACGAGUUCAGCCAACAACUCGCCAGGUACGCGCAGACAGAAAUUGAACUUCGGGCCCAAAUCAAGCAUCUCCAAAUGGCUCAAGAAGCUAGUAGGCUUACAGGGAGAGCUACACUCGAGAACAAACUGUCUGAGAUGAACGACAAUAUUUGGAGCUUGACUAAAAAGGUCCAGGAAAUGCAAAAACUAACGAAUUUCACGGUAAAGGAUCCACAGCAAGCGAUCUCUGGUAUCAAUUCUGAGGUACAGAAUACUAUGGAUUUCGUCAGCUCUGAAAUGGAGUCUAUUUUGAACGGAAACGACUCGACUAUAUUAUUCGACGUUCCAUUUAUAGCCAGCAAUAGUGACCUUGGAGCCCUCGUACGUUGUAUUUCCAACAAUCGCGUUCCUAUUGACCAGGAAACUGCAUGGCUCAAAAAAUAUAUCUUGAAGUCAAGCUCCCCCGGCAUGGUAGCUAGAGCAUUGAUAGCAGCCGCUCUACGGGAGUGGGUUUUUGCUACACCAUUCCCGAACUUUCUCCCGGUACCGUGUCCUCUCUUACGAGCUACUCGGGAGGCUGUGAUGACUCAAAAUAACUGGAAGGGACUUCACAAUCUCGACCUGGCAGCGCACCUGAAGCUCAUUGAUAGCAGCCACUUCCAGGAAAACACAAUUCCACGUAAGGCCAGGGAAUUAGCCGCCCGAUUAUCGAAAGUGUUAGCUGGACUAUUUACAAGGCCAGACAACGAAAGUGAGGGCGAGAUUUUCAAUUCUUGGAGACGUGAUAAUGUUGUUUGGGAGACUAGAGGCUUUCACUUUGUUGGAAUCUUUGAAGCUGUGCUCAGACUGAAGGCUUCCACAGUAACGACUGAUCAGCAAUACGAAUUUGUCGUCUAUCCACCUGGCACCUCACACACUCGGGAAACGGAAAAGCAACCUCAGACUGCUCAGUUAGGUAGACGAAAUAUAUCUAUAGGAGAUCCAGGGAAUGACAAUAGACCAAGUUGGCGUCACGCAUCAAUCCACUGCUACCCCACAAAGGCGGUGUGCCCACAGGAUCCACUGGUCGAUGCCCUCGUGGACUCGAACAACUUCAUCACCAGAACAGCGCAAGAAAGAGCCGAGUUGUGUACGCACACAAGUUAUAUCACCGCCUCAAAGACAGAAUCUAUCAACUUCGUGCCACAGCCCACAUUGGAGACUUCUCAACAGCAAACACAAAGAGGAAGCAGGACCGAGUUACCACAUGUUCAAAGAGCGUAUGAGGGAAUGUUACCAAUUGCUAUGCCGACUGUGAGGAAUCCCAAUGAUGAGUGUUAUUUAGAAGUUGGCGAGGAUGAACAUGGUACGAUCCAUACAGCGAAGGGCGUUAAAAGAGGAAAGUUGGAGGACUGGAGAUGUGUAAUUUGCUCUCGUUCAUUUUCUCGCCAAGCAAACCUCGCUCGCCACCAAGUUUCCAAUGCGUGCCCGCGAUGCAAAGAAUGUAAGGCAUACUUCCCUAGUAACAAGGAGCUUUCGGAGCAUCGCAACCGGUGUGACAACCUCAAGCCUAGCAAGGACGCCACAAGCACAGGACUAUUGAAAUCAACAAAACAAUCCCCGCCAGUCCGCAUGACGCACCAAAAUGCAACCAAUUUUUCCAGGCCAACUGAAAAAUCAAAACCGAAACGUGGUUUAACUCCAAGUACAACCACUCUCCCAUAUGCUUGCGAAAUAUGUGAUAAGAGAUUUUCCACGCAGAGAGAUUGCAACAUCCACAAGGGCAAAAAGCAUAAACAAAGGCCAGAUCCCAAGUCUUUAGAGCUUUCCGACUGUUGUUCCGCACCAGGUUUGAAGCAGGGCCAGGUUUCAAUUAGCGAUGAGGCAACCCAUGGACGUCUCAGUAGUGAUUGCACUGGAAGCCCGUCGAUCAUUGUUCUGGCCCAUGGAGCAUCUGGGGGGCAGAGCAAUGUGACAGAUGAGCAAAACAGCCACGAACCACUCCCGGGAACUCCCAGUGGGGUCCCUGACAGACUUACCACCUCCAACCUCCCUUCAAAGCGCCCUCGAAGCAUGUCACCCGGCAGAGAAACUCGACGAGUCAAAACCACAGUUCAAAGUAGCGAUGGACGACACCAAGAGGCGGAAGACGAACCACCCUGUCAAUCCCCUUGCGUCGAGGAUGAGCUACGAGGGACAGGCAGCGCAGACCUUGAACCAGUAGCUGGGAGUGUUCCCUCAAGCAGUAAUGAUGCAGAGGAGGGAGAAAGUUCAUCUACAUAA